UGGAGGUGCUGUUCUGUGUAUCGAAGGACGCUUUAGCCUUUAUUACAUCAACAACAGCAAUGUAUUACGUACGAAAUUAAACCAAAUUAUAUGACCUAAACAUUUUUCGAGUCAUUUGAAGUAAUUAUUUUACAGAUCUUCGUGGGUAAAAUGUCGCUUUUCAAGGCACGCGAUUGGUGGUCAGCCAAAGUAGGCUCAGAUGAGGUGUUUGAUCAAGGUUCACUUUGCGUUGCAUGUAUAGACAACAAGCAUCCUACUCACGAUAAAGUAAUAGUUGGCAGUUUGAAUGGAAUUGUGCGGAUAUAUGACCCAAAAUCACAUGCUGAUGAUGAUAAAGGGCAAAGCAUGCUUCUGGAAAUGCAGUUACCUCAGCCAAUUCUUGGCCUGGAAACUGGACAGUUUGUUUCAGCAUCAGAAGGAAUUCACCUAGCAGUUUUACACCCAAGAAAGCUAGCAGUGUACAGUUUAUCAGGGUCACAAGGGGCUGUUGAACAUGGUAGCCAUUACCAACUGAAUGCCAUGUAUGAACAUAACCUACAGAGAACUUCGUGUAACAUGACUAAAGGCAACUUUGGUGGUGUGAAAGGUAAGGAAUUCCUGUGUGUGCAAUCCAUGGAUGGAACAGUGUCGUUCUUCGAGCAAGAGAGCUUUUCAUUUAGUCGCUUUCUUCCUGGUUUUCUUCUCCCUGGCCCAAUCAAGUACAUGCAAAGAACGGAUUCGUUUGUGACUAUUUCCUCCAGUUGGCAGGUGGAGAGCUAUCGCUAUCAAGUUCUUGCUGUGGCAUCUGAUUCAGGGAAUAACAAAAAUGAGUCUCAAAACAUUUCAAAAGGGAAAAGAAUAAAUGUUGAUUGGACAUUCAACAUUGGAGAGCCAGUCAUUGAUAUCUUUGUGUUCAAUCAGCCCCAGACACCAACAUCAAUUCUUAUUUUAGGUGAACAUUCCUUUGUAUGUUUAAAGGAAAAUGGUAAUUUGAAAUUCUUGAAGAAGUUAGAAUACAACCCAAGCUGCUUUUGUCCCUAUGCAUCAGUUUCUGAAGGCAGCAUCAAUACAAUGAUAGGAACCUACACAAGUCAAUUGAUGAUAUACCAAGACAUACAACUAAAGUGGACUGCAAAGCUUGACUACAUCCCAAUCUGUAUCCAAUCAGCUACAUUCAGAGACCUGACAGGAGCUGUUGUCAGUCUAGAUGAAGAUGGUCAUCUUAUGUGCAGUUACCUUGGCACAGAUCCUUCCACAUUCAGUGUUCCUCCUCCUGACUCGAGGGAGAUUAACUAUGCUGAACAAGACGAGGAGAUGAGAAAUCUUCAGAUGGCUAUUAGAAAGGCACUUGGGAGGACAGAUCCGAUUCCAGCAAAAAUGACUGACAGUGGUGUCACGAUAAAGGCCUCUGUACCAAAUAGGAUUGACACAUCAAAUUCAGCGACACUGGAUACUGAAGUAAAAGAUGAUGACCCUAUACCGUCCGUUAUUGUAAAGCUUUCAGUCACCAGUAAUACGAGUGUACAGAAUGCAACUUUGCUGGUGUACGCCCCAUCCCCACUGGCUGCAAAUCAGGCCACAUUCAAGAUUCCGUUUAUUGAUUCCUCGGCACCAGCAGAAGUGACAACAUCAUUUUUUAUGAAGGGUAACUGCCUGCCAUCUUCACUAACUGCAAAGGCAACAGCUACGUUCAUGCUUCCAAAUGGGGCACCUCGAGUAUCACAUUGUGAAUUCAAGCUACCGUUUAAACUUACCUGUAAAGCUUGUGCACCAUUUAGCACUGCACUUCAUAAGAUUACGCUAGAUACCAAUAAAUCACCUAUCAACUUGACAGAGAUAUUUGCAGAUAUGGGUGUUGAAAGUGCUGGUGGGAACGGUAAUGCAAUUGCAUUUCAAGUGUAUGGUGGACCAAAAACUGUUAUAUUGGCAUCAAAGUCAUCACAGCGUUACCGUCUGCAGUCGGAUGUCUUUGAAUCAAUGUGGUUGAUGCUGAAGGAGCUUAUUGAUCGACUGGUGAUCUACCACAAGAACGCAGGUGUCAAAGGGUUUGAAUGCUCCUACUCAGGUAGCUUACCAGUCACAGAAUACUGUCAAAUCAUAGAUGCCCACUUGGAGCUUCGUGUCAACCAUGAGAGGUACAUGCAACUGUUGGAUCAACGAGCGAAGCAAUUCCGUGCAAUUCAAAGGCGACUUUUGACUCGGUUUAAAGACAAGACACCAGCACCAUUGAAUAAUUUAGAUACCUUGCUUGACGGCACAUAUCGGCAGAUAUUGAAGCUAGCUGAAGGGGUGGAGGAAAACCAGAAAGCUAUGGUUCGGUGUUGCAUGGGUUUAAGCUGUGCCACCCUUAUCAUCACCACCCUGAUGAAAUUAUUGUAUAAAUUAAGUGACAGCGAGAUGGAUGUACUGCAGUCAGCACUAUCUCACCACGUACCAGUGGACUCCGAACAGGGUUGGGAAGAGGUGACUGAUGCUGCCUUGACUAAUCUCUUGAGGACCUGCCUAGCUAAGACCGCAAAGGACCAAGUUGUGAACCCAGUAUCGCUCACUAAGCCUAGUGAUAGUAUAAAGCUGAACAAGCAUCUACAUCAAGUGUGUGAGAGACUUGGGAAGGGGGGUAGAUUGAUUGUUCCAGGCCAGAAAGAUCAAGGUGAUCUAGGUCCAAGAAAGACAACUGGAAACCCCACUACCAAUGGACAAGAAGCAAAUCGUGAUACUGAGAACAAAGAUUUUGCUGUACCACAGGUAUCGAUACCCUCGUACCAAAAAGCCACAGGACAAGAGGCUAAUGGACCGGUCGCUAAGGUGGCAACGCUUGGCAAGGAUGUUCAUGAAUUACCAGACCUUGGGGCUAAUGAGAAUCACAAACCUCUUGGGCAACUCCCGUCAGUUGGUGGUGGACAUCUUGGUGCUCUGCCAGCAUUGGAUGGGCCAGGACUUGAACCUCUUGCAAUCCGAACAAAGAAGAAAAAGAAAAAGAAAAAGUCAUCCCAUGCGGAGGAGGGGGAUGGAUCAGAAGCUGCUAUCGAUUCCAUACUGGAACUUUAGAUCAAACAACUUUUUAUCAUGUAAUUAGCUGCAACACAGCAUGUAUCCUUGCUUCAUUUUAGAUUCACUGAAUGUGUAUAUUUUGCACUAUGUAGCAUGCAGCCAUAGGAAAGCAACAGUCUACGUAUACAAGUCUCAUUAAGGACUUAAUUUGAAGAAUAUCUUUUGAGUUGGUGGUGUGAACUGGUCGCCUGGGUGUUAAGCAUGUUAUACGAAAUGAAUAGUUGAUCAUUAAUUUUACGUAUGUCUACUCAACACCAAUUUUGCAGACACACUCCCUCAUGCAGCAGUUAAAGCGCACAACUAAUUCACUGUUGAUAAAUUCAAAUGUCAGCUGAGGGCUUACUUUGUCCAAAUUAAACAUUUUAAAGUGGAGCUGUGGAUUGAACGUUAAGAUGCUUGACUUCAAAUCCCAGGGUCCUGGGUUCAUUUCCUGUCAAGGUGUUUUUUCCCGUAACAAAAAACAACUUCACUCCCUCCCCAAGCCUCAUAUUGACACUUAUGUAAAGCAUCUUGUGUGUAUGUUUAUCUUGUGAAAGGGAUUACCACAAAGAAUGUGAUUAUGUUCACAAUUGGCAUAUGUAUCCUUUGCCCUUGUGCCUAAACAUCAAAUUUUUAGAAAGUAAUAAAACACUUUUAUUGUCUACAAAUGAGAUACAUAUCUAUGCAGUAGUAGUCACAAUGCAGUGAGAAAUUACUGAUCUCAUUAAACAUUGUUUUUCUAUAAAAGGAAGUUUUUGCCUUAAUGGUCUGUAAGUUGAACUUGCAGAAUUUAUAAUAGCCUCCUUCCAUGCAAUUGAAUUUUAUAUUUACAUUAUGUUGUGUAUUUUAUUUGUAUGUUGAAAUUGCAUGGAAAAUAAAUAUAUUUAAUUUGAUUUAUUUGGAGGUUUUAGUAGAUACAGUAGAAACAAAUAAUCAGAUUGAAUUCUUGUCGCAUACAGGUAGUCUAUUGCAAGUUUAUUAACCAAUCAGAUUAAAUAAUUGUAUCAUGAUCUGUUGCUACAUUCUGCAAACCAAUCACAUUGUUAAAUGCUUAUCACAUGGUUUUUUGCGAUGUUUAAUAAACCAAUCUGAUUGUUGAAUUACUGUCAUGUGAUGUAGUGAAAGCACCUACAUAUUAUAUAUAAAAUAAAAUCAUAUAAUGGUUUUAGAAUUUAUAAAUGUUUUUGUCUUUGUUUUAAAAAAUGAAUAAUUUAUUUAUAGUAUAAUGAAUAAUAAUGAAAUAAGUGCAGUGUAAUACAGAUAGCUCUGUCGAUAGCUUGUAUCGUUGUUGUUACUAUUGUACAUAUAUUAUGAUGUUCUUAUUAUGUUACAAGAAUUAUGUUCAUGAGUUAACCACUGAAUCCAGUAGUAAAAAUAAUUAUAUAUGGCCCUAAUUCUCUGCCUUUUUAAGACUGGGGUCCAUAUAUAAAGCAUUCUAAACCGUCGUUAGCCCCAUGUGCCUCAGCUGAGGAUGCCGCUGGCUUGAAUUUAAAAAUAACGGAACCUUUAUAAUGCGAAUCCAUACAGGCAUUUAUAUUCCAUCACUUACGUAAAUAAAUAAUCUGAACUUCAUGAUCUGAGAACAAUAGGCAUGCAUUAUAAGCUGAGGUAGACCCAUAAGGAAUGCUCUCAUUACUAUAUCAUCAUCAGUUGGGGUGGGGGGGAAAUUUUCAAAAAUGAAUUUUGGUCGAGUUUUAUUCGCAGACCAUUGUUUUGACCCUGGUCUUGAAAACUGGUAAUAUGUAUGCACCAAUCUGUCUUAUCUUUUCAUAGUGUUUAUCAUGUGCAAAUGUAUGAAAUAUUAUAUUUAAAAUAUUUAAAUGUAAGUAGAUCUAGAUUUGUCCUUUUGAAGUAUUCUUUUGAAUAAAUAAGUUUUUUCUGAAGUCCAAA